UCUAGUCCAUUAGGUUUUGAGGUCCUUAAAAUCAAACCAAACCAAACUAUUAACUUUAAGAGUUAUCAAACUAUUAAGGGAUUAACAGUUUCAAUUAAUCGAAACUACUAAGCCCCUCAAUGGUUCGAUUCGGUUUUAAGUCCGAAAUCCAAUAUGGACAAUAUGUUAGUCAUGAAGAUGUUUCACUUUAGGUAACAAGAGUGUGGAGCGAGAGCGGGUGCGGGAGCGAGACCGUCAAUUUUAUAAAAAUUCAAUCUUAAGAGUGUGAACAGAGCGUCAAUAUUAUAUUAUUAAAUAAUUUAUUAUUUACCCGACAAUAUGAACAAUAUUAUCAGUGUUAUUUGUAAAAAUAAAUAAUAACAAUUAACUCGUACAAUUAGAGUUUGUGAUUUGUGUACAUACUAAGUAAAAAAUGUGUUUCCUGGUCUGUUUACCUCACAAACAGUUUGAUUCCAUCAUUAUUUAUGUCCAAUUCACAUGAAAUUAUAUGAAUAUGGUAUUAUAUCUUUUAUAUUUAUCAUAAUGAUAAAAACAAAUAAACUAAAGUUUCACCCACCUACAAAAGAUUACCAAUAAAAGAAUGCAACGUUUCUCAUUAAAAAAAAAAUCUCUCUUUCACAAAAUAAAAACACUCUAUCUUCUUCCUUUUUUUCAUCGAGAUCUCGUAAAUCCUGCCCCUUCACAUGCUCUGUUUUCGGUAGCAUCCUGCCCCUUCUCGGCUUCUCUGCUCACGAUUCCCCUUCCUUCGCUGCCAAAAUCAAUCCGGUAGCUUAGAUUUCUUAUUCUGAUAGAUGGAAAAAUUGAUGGUGGCUGGAAAUCCGCACUCUUAAUUCAGCAAUCCGUGCUCCAAUCUUUAAAAAAUAGCAAAUUAUAGACGUUUUGGAAAGAAUUCGCGUUUUAGCGAAUUGGCGAGGCCGUAGACUUACGCGAAUUAGAUAACCUCAACCUCAUGGAUCAAAAAUUUCAUUUUUUAUUAUGGAUGGUUGACUACUGACUAGUAUCCCAUUUCCUUCCCGGCAUUCAUAAAUCACAAUCACCGGUCAAGCCAGCAAAGACCAUUAUAACAGCUGAUGUGAAACGAAGGAAAAAAAAAAAUCUUUUAAUAUUCAAAGACAAAUUCCUAAAGCACACGAUUGAAAGGGAAACAAAAGCUUUUGCCUUGUAGCUCCUUCACCAAAGGCCGCUGCGGAGACGGAGAAUGCAGUCUGCUCACAUUACAGGUAAAUAUAGAAUUUUUCAUCAUCAGAUCUUACACAAAUUAGAAACCAUUCGAUUUUCAGGUUGUCUGAACAAGAGAGAGGUUGGUUUGAUGUAAAUUAGAGGCCUUCAAUUCCUUUCGUGAGUUGGAUUCGUGUAAAUUGUUGAUGAAAUCGCUGAUUCUAGCAAGAAUUGCUAUUGUGGGUCUUAAAUGGGCGCUUUCUGGGGAGGGGAUUGCUUGUUAACAAAUGCUUGGAAAUCGUUGGGGUUGUUGUGUUAAUCCUCUGUUGAGAAAUAUAUUUGAUGUAGAAGUUGCAGAGGAUAGCUCGUAGAAAGGUUCGAUCUUGUUUUUUUUUUUUUCUUCCUUUUUCGGAAUGCAAUUGUGAAUGUAGGGUUCAUAAAGGAGAGGCAAUUAAUAUACAAGACAUAUUUGUGAUAUGGGGGGAUCAUGAACAGGUUGGGUUUUGAUUACUUGUUCUAAGGAUUUGGGCUGUUUCAGGUAUUGGAAAGUAACUCGACUGGGAGAAAGUUUGGGGCUUUAGAUUAGACGAACCAUGGCAGCGACGACGGAAGUGGAUCCACCGUUAACAGAUGUAGAGCUCGUGCCGGAGAAAGAGACGAUCGAAGAUGUAAAAGAGGCACCACCCGCAUUCCCAUGCCAGCUAUCCGACAUUGAGUUGGUUUACAAGAUGGCUCAAUCCUUUCUGCCAGGACUAGCAACAGCUUGUGUCGACAAUACGACGGGUGGCAUAUUUAGAACCCCUGGUUCAGUUGCUGCCGAGCUCAGGAAAGAGAUGAUCGACUAUCUCACUCAGAGAAGCGAAACUUUUGUUGCUGAAUCUGUCAUUCUAGAAGGAGAACCUCAGCCCGAGUCCCCCGGCAAUCCAUUCGACAUCAUCUCUGACUUUGUUGAUGAUUUUGCAAGCUCAAAGAGGAAUUUCUUCAGCAGGGUUUCUGGGUGGCUGCUUAGUGAGAAGAGAGAAGACAAGAUUGAUGAUUUUGUGCAGGAGAUGGAGCUGAAUGGAUUUUGGCCCAUAGAUAAGAGAUCGACAGUAGCAGAAAAUCUGCUCAAGAAUGUUGACUUGAAGAACAGGUUUCACUGCGACCACAAGUUUAAUGCCGAAGAAGAACUGGCCGAACAUAGCAAAGCAUGUGGGUUUAGGACUUUGAACUGUGAAAACGAAGGGUGUGAUGAUGUAUUCUGUGCGAGCAAUAAGGAAGACCAUGAUGCAAUUUGUCCUUUCAAGAUAAUUCCUUGCGAACAGAACUGUUCGGAGUAUAUUAUGAGACGUGACAUGGACAGGCAUUGCAUAACUGUCUGUCCUAUGAAGCUAGUAGCUUGUCCUUUCUAUGCUGUGGGGUGUCAGGCAAAUGUGCCUAGCAGCAAGAUUGAUCAGCAUCGUGCCGAUGAAGUGAAGGCUCACGUGCUCUGUGUUCUUCAGAGUAUUCACAAGGAAGCUUCUGUGGAGGAUCUAAACCCUCGUGUGGACCAAGUGCUUGAGUUAUCUUCGGGGCUCGCAGAAGCCAGAGAUGUGAGGUCUAUGACUCGCAGAAUCAAGAACAUUGAAGCAAAACUGGGACCUUUGGAGAUCAAACCUCGAAAGGAAGGUGAAGAAGCAUCUGCAGAGAAUGGAGAAAAGGCUGCUGAAGACCCUACUGCGGAUACAACAAACAAAGCUAGUGAACAAGUGGCUGCUGCAGCAACAGACAAUACUGUGAGUAAAGAUUUCAAUGAAGCUGCCACAGUCAUGGUCAGUGAAGAAACAACAAGCAGAGCUGUCGAGAAUGUAAGCAUGGAAUCAAAUAAGAGUGCAGACAAGGUUAACGAAGAGCCUACUGAGGCUUCCAAAAAGCCUGGUGACAAUGAGGAAUCAACCGAGCCUUCUGGACAAAAGGUGAAUGAAGCUGAAGCUGAAGCUGCUGAAAAGAUCAUUGAUGAGCCACCUAAGGCUUCAACCGACCUGGGCAAGGAAUCAACUGAAUCAGUUGAGUCUACAAAGAAUGUAAUUGCAGUCGCUGACUCAGUAGAACCAGCAGACCAGGUCAGUGAGGAAUCAACUCAAGUUAUUCACAACCUUAACAAGGAACCAGUUGAUGCUUCAUAUAACCCUGGUAAGGAAUCAACUGAUGUUGCAAACAAGCUUGGUGAAGAACGGGUAGAAGUUAUGAACAGUGUUCCCGUGGGCCAGGAAAGUAUGGAAUCUGACGAGACCACGAAAAUUGUGAGCAAGGAACUACCUGAGGCUAUGGAACCAUCUACUGAAACCACUCCGAAUGUUGAUGUAUCCAGGGACUCCAUUGGCGUUGAGGUUGGCGAAGAACCCACUUCGACAGCUGCUGAUGAUGUUGCCAGCGAAUCAAAUGAGGGUGCAAAGAACAAAGCUACAGAAGAACCCACUUCAACAGUGGGUGACGCCGACACGAAAUCUAGUGACGCUGCAAAGUCGAAGAGUGAAGAGCCCACCUCAACAGUUUAAAACCUGUCGCCAAAUGAAUUGCUUACUAAAGAAAUUUCUAACAUCUAAUUCUUUUUUAUGCAUCAAAAGUUUCCAGACAUUUCCCCCUCCCACGCUGAGGUAUAUCUAUGUAUCUCAUGCUAGUGUCGUGGAGCAAGGAUUUCUACGUUCAUAUAGAGCAACGAUCUGCUUUUCCGACCUCAGUUUGUCGGAGAUUUCCUUGAGAAUUGCAGCUCAGAGACUCGCAUAUUGGGCUCCUUAUGUGUGGUCGAUCCCGGUUUCUCCAGCUUGUUUUGUUGGAUACGUGACCUGGGCGUGCUGCAGCUAUUAUCAACAGCUUAGUUUUAGUGAUGAUGACAAAGUGGCAGUCCUUCCAUCUACGAACAAUGUCGUUGACAGUAAUUCUAACUAAGCUCAAGGAAAAUGAAAUUCAUCUGUUUAUCGUCAUAGCAACAAUGAUUGUACCGAAUAAGUGCGACGAUGAUGA